UUGCCAUGGGUGAGUUGUGAGCGAAAAAUAUUCGCACGUUCCGUCCAAUUUGAGGAGGGGAUUCCGGACUCCAGAGUCGCGGCGAUUCAGUUGCGUCGCGACUGUGAAAGCCUCAGGUCUUCAGCUCGAAGGAGGCAAUCGGAUUGAAAGGAUUUCGUCAAAUAGAAAAUAAGAGAAAGAAAGGAACCAUAGCCCAGAGAUGCAAGUACCUCGGGUGAAGCUGCUCAUGGGCUCGGGAGCCAUGUUCGUCUUUGCCAUAAUCUACGGCUGGGUUAUCUUUCCGAAGAUUCUCAAGUUUAUGAUUUCAAAGCAAGUAACCCUAAAGCCGGGAUCGGAUGUUCGGGAACUCUGGUCCAACACUCCAUUCCCACUGCAUUUCUACUUCUAUGUCUUCAACGUUACCAAUCCGGAUGAGGUAUCCGAAGGCGCCAAGCCACGUCUACAGGAAGUGGGUCCCUUCGUAUUCGAUGAGUGGAAGGACAAGUACGAUUUGGAGGAUGACGUCGUCGAGGACACGGUCAGCUUCACCAUGAGGAACACCUUCAUAUUUAACGCGAAGGAGACGCUGCCACUCACGGGCGAGGAGGAGAUUAUCCUUCCGCAUCCCAUAAUGCAGCCUGGCGGCAUUUCGGUUCAAAGGGAGAAGGCUGCCAUGAUGGAGCUGGUUUCCAAGGGAUUAAGCAUAGUGUUUCCAGAUGCCAAAGCCUUUCUGAAAGCCAAGUUCAUGGAUUUGUUUUUCCGGGGCAUCAACGUAGACUGCUCCUCGGAAGAAUUCGCCGCAAAGGCCCUCUGCACGGUGUUUUACACGGGAGAGGUUAAGCAGGCCAAACAAGUAAACCAGACGCACUUUUUGUUCUCGUUUAUGGGUCAGGCGAAUCACUCGGAUGCCGGGAGGUUUACAGUCUGUCGCGGAGUGAAGAAUAACAAGAAGCUGGGAAAGGUUGUGAAGUUCGCCGACGAACCGGAGCAAGACAUUUGGCCAGAUGGCGAGUGCAACACCUUCGUGGGCACUGAUUCCACGGUUUUUGCACCCGGCUUGAAGAAGGAGGAUGGCCUCUGGGCAUUCACACCGGAUUUGUGUAGAUCCCUGGGAGCCUAUUACCAGCACAAGUCGUCCUACCACGGCAUGCCGUCGAUGAGAUACACCCUGGACUUGGGGGAUAUACGUGCUGAUGAGAGGCUUCACUGCUUCUGCGAAGAUCCCGAAGAUCUGGACACGUGUCCGCCCAAGGGAACUAUGAAUCUGGCGGCCUGUGUUGGAGGUCCGUUGAUGGCAUCAAUGCCUCAUUUCUAUCUGGGCGACCCAAAGCUGAUUGCAGAUGUGGAUGGUCUUAAUCCGAAUGAAAAGGAUCAUGCUGUCUACAUAGACUUUGAACUCAUGUCUGGAACACCUUUUCAGGCUGCGAAGCGAUUGCAGUUUAACCUGGACAUGGAGCCAGUGGAGGGCAUCGAACCCAUGAGGAAUCUGCCCAAAUUGAUACUGCCCAUGUUUUGGGUGGAGGAGGGCGUACAUCUCAACAAGACCUACACGAACUUAGUAAAAUACACACUUUUUCUGGGCCUCAAAAUCAACUCUGUCUUGCGCUGGUCCCUAAUAACUUUCUCCCUGGUUGGCCUCAUGUUUUCCGCCUACCUUUUCUACCACAAGUCCGACAGUUUGGACAUAACCAGUAUCCUCAAGGAGAACAACAAGGUAGACGAUGUGGCCAGCACAAAGGAGCCCUUGCCUCCAGCGAAUCCAAAGCAAUCUACUACUGCGCACCCUGUUCAGGUGCCCAAUACUCUAAUUCCCGGCACGAAUCCCGCCACCCAUCCAGCUCCCCAUCUCAAAAUGGAGCACCGGGAGCGCUACUAAUCCCUCAAAUGACGAUCUCCAGCGAUCUCUGCACCAUAGUCGUAGUCCACUGCACCUGUGUAGUCCAACAUGAGCUAAUAAAUUGAGACAGAUAUAAGCACCUUCGUCUGGGAAACUGGUCGGUGGCCAAUCGAGUGAUCGCUAAUCGAUGAUCGCUGACCGCUGAUCAUAGAUCGCAGAUCGCAGAUGACAAGAUCUGUGCGCUCCACUGACACCAAUUAAAAAACGCUAAACCAGCUAUUGAAGUUCGAGAUCAGCGAUCACAAGUGUUUGUGAAUUGACAAAUCGGUUUUAAACAAUGGUUGCAAUGCCUGUAAACCGAAAACAAUUGCAAAGACAGGCGUAAAAGUUAAAGCAAAAAUAUCUCUUUUUGUAAGGCGCUGAUUAAUGAUUUGUAAACAGUAUGCAGAAUUUACACUUUUUAAUUAAUUUUAAUGAAGAUGAAUUAUGAGUACUUGUUCUAUUGUCCCUUAAGUAGUGGCAAGUGGUUGUAGUUGUAUGAAAAUAUAAGUCAAACAAAGAAAUGGCAAAUUGAA